AUGAUCGACCAACGCAUUUUCGAAGAUCUCCAGACCAAAAUUGACGAGGAGACUACCGUCCGAGAUGUCGUUCUACAACAGCCAUUCUUGCACGGGCACACUCGACCCCGUCUGAUCAGACCCUCGGGCGGCGAAACGUCGACAUGGUAUCUUAAGAUCGACCUGGCUAAUCUGAUUCAAACAGUCAAGCCAGUCUUGGAUGAUGCGGCUGCAGAGAUCAAUGCCCAGAAGCAGGAGGUCCUCCGCCUGAAAGCCGUUGCUGAUCAGCACCCGUUCUAUAAGUACAAUGGACUGUGGACACGCGAGCUCCAGAACCUGGUCGCCUCCAUCGAGCUGUGUGCGUGGCUCGGUGGGCUGGAUGAGCACAAGGGAUCUAGCUCGGCCUCUUUCAUGACUAUCGAAGAUGUGGGCAAGUUCCUGGAAGUUCCUGUCAAUCUCAAGGAGAAGGAUGCUUUCCACUUGACUAUUGAAGAGUAUCUUUUGGCUCUUAUUGCCAUGGUAGAGGAGCUCUCGCGUCUGGCUGUCAACUCCGUGACCCUUGGUGACUAUGAGCGCCCUCUUCAGAUCAGCAACUUUGUUAAGGAUCUCUUCUCUGGGUUCCAGUUGCUCAACCUGAAAAAUGAUAUCCUGCGGAAGCGCAGUGACGGCGUCAAAUAUAGUGUCAAGAAGGUCGAAGACGUGGUCUACGACCUGUCCCUGCGAAACCUGAUCCCCAAGGGCGGCGCGUCUGCCUGA